AUGGCCGCGGAAAAGCCCGCCCCGCCCCCGCCCCCCCCGGCGGCGGUGGGGGCGGCGCUGCUGGAGCCGCGGGGGCCCCCCCACGACUACCUGCCCAUCGCGGUGCUCACGACGCUCUGCUGCUUCUGGCCCACCGGCGUCGUCGCCAUCGUCAAGGCCGUGCAGGUGCGCGCGGCCGUGGCGCGCGGCGACAUCGUCUCGGCGGAGAUCGCGUCGCGCGAGGCCCGCAACUUCUCCUUCAUCAGCCUGGCCGUGGGCAUCGCCGCCAUGGUGCUCUGCACCAUCCUCACCGUCGUCAUCAUCAUCGCCGCCCAGCACCACGACAACGACUGGGAGCCCUAG